CGAGCCGAGGGACCCUCCUCGCGGGGAAGCCCGGCCUGCGUGGUCGCCGAGGGCCGCCACCGACUUGAUGGCGCACGAGGGAUCGAUCCAUCGAUCCAUCAGUCAGUUUUUGUCCAGGCAAGUCUUACCAUCCCCAGAGAUAAUCCUGGGAAAGGCAAGAAGAGGACGACCGGCGGCAAGGUGGAGGCGCCCGGCGACGGCAAAGAUUCGCUUUAUCCUGAUUCAGAACCGGGCUGGCAAAACCCGCCUGGCCAAGUGGUACAUGCAGUUUGAUGAUGACGAGAAGCAGAAGCUCAUUGAGGAGGUGCACGCAGUUGUCACCGUCCGAGACGCGAAGCACACUAACUUUGUGGAGUUCCGCAACUUCAAGAUCAUCUACCGGCGCUAUGCAGGGCUCUACUUCUGCAUUUGUGUGGACGUGAAUGACAACAAUUUAGCUUACCUGGAAGCCAUUCACAACUUUGUGGAGGUGAGUUUGGGCCUGUCCAGCUGCAAAGUAUGUCUGUCUCUCUCACAGGCCAGUCAACAGCUGUCUUUGUAAAGCUGUUUCUGAAUU